AAGCAAUAACGAAUAAUUAUAUGCAUAAGAUUUAAACUAAAACCUAACGAAAAUUUGACAAGUGUCUAUCCAUUUUCUUCACCAAAUCGUUGAGUGUUACACCUGCUGUUGUAAAGUUAGUUAUGCAUCAUCAUCGUUGAAACAAAGUUUUUAAAGACCAUGCAUUGGCAAGUAACACGAGAACGACCAUAUAUUCGGCCGAUUCUGGCAUUCUCCACAUAGUUUUUUGUUAUUAUUACUCGUAAUCUGUCUAGAACAUAUAUAAUCCAGCUCAAAUCUUACAAACUUGGAAUAACGUGGUACUACAUAUUCAUAUUACUGAUAUGGAAAAUAUAUAUUCAAACUGAAACCGACUGCUCUAACUUAGUGAAUAUGAUAGAAAAUUCGGUAGAAUAGCUGGCUUUUUAACUGAGUUUGCCUCUUUUCAUAUAUUAUAUUUCGGUUUUGAGUUGGUUAUUCUUGUCCAUAUUCAUAAGAGCCAAAAUGAACGAGCAAUUUUCUAGUUAAAUAAGCUAAAUUAAAAGACGAUGUAUUAUCUUUUCCCACACAAAUUAGACAGGGUCAGAUGAAAGCGUUCUUCAGAGUAUUGACACCAUUGAUCAAAAAUUGAUUUGAUAAAGGGAUUUAUGACAAACAAAGUUAUACUUGUAUGUCACAUGUAUGUUAAACUACGCAAACUUGAAUACUACGUCAUGCACUACACAAUGUUUAGAAAAUUCCACUAUUUUGUUUUUAUUUUCUAAAGUAUGACAAUAUUUCAAGAAAUUAAGAUGGUAUCACCUUUUUCUGUACAUCCCUUUAACUAUUUCAUAUAACUUCUAAGUGUAUAUAGUCUCUUAUCACUAAUUCGUAUUAUGAAAAUAUCGUUUUGUCACUUACGGUUUGCGCAAUCUUAACUUUCUAAAGUAGGUUGACAUGUGUCUAGUUAGUGUGUAGGUGGCAUCAUUCUGAUGGCGGAAUGUGUUUGGCGCUCUACAAAGUGUAAUGUUUCUUAGAAAACUCUCCAAACUUUAUAUCUCCUAAUUCGGGUAAUCAGCUAUCAAAGGUAAGAUACGUUAUCAAAUCUCGUAGAAUACUAUAUUAAACUAAAGUAGUUUAACUACAUUGAAAGUUGUCUUUAUUAAAGAGCUUAAGAUAUUUUCAUUACCAAAAUAUCUAUACUUUUAUAUAUUAAUCAUCUAGCAUUAGCGAUUAAGACUCAUACUAUUUCUCCACGUACAAAGGGGAGUCGUCAUUAAGUUCUCUACAACCAAAAUCAUAGUUGGGCAGAUACUUGAACUAUCGGAAAAUUGGUUUAGCCUAACUAAAGUCCUUCUUAAUAGAGAUGGCAUUUUGACCGCAGCCCGCGGGCCUGGCCCGUACAAGACCCAUGCGGGGCGGAUUUGGGUAAAGGUAAUCGAAGCCCAUUUAAAAGCGGGUCUCGCGGGUAAGUGUCAUGCGGGUUUGGGCUUUUGCGGUCUAGGCUCAGCGGGUCUUGCGGGGUCGACAUAACCCGCGACCACUUCCUCAUUUGCUGUCUUUACACCUGAAAAAAAAGAGUCAAGAGACGAAAAUGGCGAUCAGGGUUCUCUACAGCACGACUCCACCAACGAGCACCAGAGGAGCAGCACCACCAACCGAUUCUUCUUCUCCUCGACUAAGACCACCAUCAGAGCUUCUCUCCAUCUUCUUUCCACCACCACUGGAGCUUCUCUCCUUCCUCGAGCUUCCACUGGAACUCUCCAUCUCCUCGUCCGAAGCAAGUUGCACCGUGCAACAACAACAACAACAACAUCUUCUCAAGCUCACCCCAAUGAAACAUCAUGUUUUGCAUACCCGCGGGCCAGCCCGCAAUGUCCUAUGUAGUAAGCGGGGCGGGUUUGGGCAGAGGUUUAAGUACCGCGGGUCACGGCGGGCUUACCCGCAAAGAACCGCCGGAGAGAGAGACCGCAGCGGGGCGGGCCAAUGCGGGGCGGGUGGUACCAAAUGCCAUCUCUACUUCUUAAGAAAAUGAUAAACUUAUAGACCAGUAGACAUUACAAAGUUUCUUGAGCGCAAAUUGUAGGAUCUUACUAUGGACGGUUCGAGUUAAUUCGGCAUCUAUUAACAUUUUGCAAUCCCUUUCUUUACCCAUGGCAUCUUUGGUUUGAUCUUCAGAAAGACUCGAUCAACUUUCUUUUUGGCAUCAGACUCUAUUAUUAAACUUUUAAUUACUAUUUUUCAUUGUUGCAUGCAUUUUACAACCAUCCAUGGAUUUUUAUUUAUUUUUCGGUCAAGAGAACAGUCACCUUUUCAGUUUGAAUGGACCAUGUGAAGAGAAAAAAAAUAUACCCAAAUUCGGUCUUAAUAAAUAUAAAUGAGGUGUUUCCAUAUAUUAUAACGAUAUUAGCUUAAUAACUGUCUACGCUUAGUUUAAUUCAAAAAGCAACGAUCGAACAAAUACACUUAAGUUACGUUUAACUUAAUCAAACGCAAAAAAAAAAAACUUAAUCAAACGCGAUAAUUAACAAUUACUUUGUCACGUUUCUAUGUGACAAUAUGAGUGUGUUAACGAGUAAAAGGCAGGAAAGUAGGAAACUGACUAAAGAAUCUCUGGACGUUAUCGUUCCAACUUCCAAUGGCUAUAAUACUUAUGUCAAAUAUUUCAUUUUCUGUUCUACAAAAGAUUAUGAUACAAUAUUUAAAAUGAACAUUCACGACCAAAUUCAGUAAUAUAUAUAUAAUAACCUGAGCAUAAAUGAUCAACUUAUCAGUACGUAUAAGUAGAUUAUGAAAAAGAUUUCAAAGCCAAAAAUAAAUAAACACUUAACUAUAUUCAGUAGACUUGGACAUAAAGUAACAAGUGUAAACUAUCAAAGAAUAAUAAUUAUUUUAAAAUAAAAAAAGCUCUAUUGUAUUCUAAAUGACUGAAAUAACCUUACCCGGUCGCUCUAUAAAGCUAUGGGCCUCUUGGCCUCUCCAAAAACCUCUCAGACUCAAAUCAAAUCUUUCUUUUUUUUCAAAAUUCUAAUUCUUAAACAACGAAACUAAACAAAACAAAAAAAAUGGCGCGCCUUCUCUUCCGUCUACUCGGAGAAUCCAAUACUCCGUCGUCGGUGGCAGACACCUCCACCGUCACUUUGAAUUCCGAUCUCGUCAUCAUCCUCGCUGCUCUCCUCUGCGCCUUGAUCUGCGUUCUCGGUCUAAUCGCUGUUUCUCGAUGCGUCUGGCUCCGUCGUCUCGCCGCCGGUAACAGAUCCUCCUCCGGCGGUUCCGGUCAAUCUCCUCCGCCCCAGGUAACGGCGGCGAACAAAGGACUGAAGAAGAAAGUGCUCCAGUCUCUCCCGAAGAUGACUUUCUCGCCGGAAUCACCCUCGUCGGAGAAGUUCGCCGAGUGCGCCAUCUGCCUGACGGAGUUCACCGCCGGCGACGAGCUCCGGGUUUUGCCGCAGUGUGGUCACGGGUUCCACUUGUCUUGCAUUGACACGUGGCUCGGGUCUCACUCGUCUUGCCCUUCUUGCCGUCAGAUCUUGGUGGCUGCUAGGUGUCAUAAGUGUGGCGGUUUGCCCGGUAGCUCUAGCUCCGGACCCGGACCUGAACCCGAGAUCGUGAUCCGAAUCAAGCAAGGCGAAGAUGAUCCUAACACCUCCUUGCCCUAAUUUCUUUUUAGUUUCUUCGUGUGUUAAGAUAACUCCAUAAUUUAAAGCAGGUCAUUUUUAGUGGACACUGUUUACUCCCUUAAGGUAUAAUGUUUAUUGUAAUUUGUAAAUGUUGUAUGAAAUCAAAAUUUUACGAUUUGAACUUAACUUUUUUAUUUAAGAGUUGAUUGGUUGGAUAUAAAUACAAGUGAUUAAACAUUUGAUAACGAUCACACAAUAUGUUUCUACUAUUUUUAUAUCGUUUUAAACUUUUCAAAAUCACAAGAUUUUCAAAAAGUCAUGUCUCCCUUUGUAAUUAACCUUCGAGCGUUUCUUCCUAACUAUGGGAAUAUACCCUAAAAAUGGGAAAGAAAAUCUGGCCAAUAUGCAUGAUACAAAUGGUAUGUAAUGUUUUGGCUAAGUUUCACCUCCAUGCUAUUAUAAAGCAGAAAUCAAAUAACUAUCGUAUUUCUUUAACUUUUUCAAAAGUUAUAGGGGUUAUAAGUCUUAUAAAAAUUUCGGGAGCACGAGCCUAUGAUCCACUAAAUAAGAUGAAUCUUAUAAAUUGUGUAUUACUGCAGUGAGUUUUGAACAAGGAAAACGUUAAAAAUGUAAAUCCAAACCAUCCCUCAUACUUGACGUCUCCUUGCUUCUACAACUAAUAUCGUAUUAUAGAGUUAGCCAAAAUGACAAUUGAAAUAUAAUACAACUGAAUAUACUUAACUAUAAGGAUGGUAUAACUGAAAGAAUCAAUAUGACUCCAAGAAAUCAUUUUAUUUGUCUUCUAGCUUUUUGAGUUUUGACCUAACAAAUAGAUUGCAAUAUUAUCCCACAUAUAUUUAGAGUUUUAGUAUAAUGCUUAAAUUUUUUGUAGAUUUAUAAAUUGAUGGUUUAGUUUACAUUAUUUUUUUUGUAAGACUGAUUCAAUUACUUAGAUUGAAUAUUAUUCGUUUCUUAUGUGAGCCAUUGAAUUAAAUACGGCAAAUGGUCCACCAUGUAAUCCCAUCACAAGCAUUUCCACUACGGAAAAAGUGCGUCCUUGUGCUUAGUGCUGUUAACCAUAUUAUAUACAUUUAUAUUGUAAUUUAAUCCAUUUUUAUUUCAACAAAAACUACGACCAUUAGCCAGAAGUGCAACAAAAAUUUACGACCAUUAACCUAAAGUUCAAUUUAUAGUGGAAACCGAGAAAAAUAUAUUUUAUUGAAUAGUCAUGCAUGAGGAUAAUUAAUUAAAUUUACUAAAAAUCAUACGUUAUCACAAACAUAAAA